CCGCCCGUCACUCAGACGGCCGUGAUUGGUUCAUGUCGGUCACACUCGGGUCACUCCGCUACCUGCCCGUCACCAGAAUGGCUGCUAGGCUCCUUCUCCGAGCUUGUGCGCUGAACUCACAGCAGCUGAGACGAAAUGUGGCGGUUCGACCGUUCCAUCGAGCUAUGGGCUCAGCCGGAGGAAUACCUACAGAUGAUGAGCAGGCCACUGGAUUGGAGAGACGCACCCUGGAGGCUCUCAAACAGGGAAAGGAUCCCUACAGCAUCCUGAAACCCAAACACUACACUGGUACCAAGGAAGACCCUCACAUCGUGCCAAGCAUCAAUAACAAAAGGCUGGUGGGCUGCCUCUGCGAGGAAGACAACACGGCCAUUGUUUGGUUCUGGCUCCAUGACGGCGACGCCCAGCGCUGCCCUUCAUGUGGGUCUCACUACAAGCUGGUCCAUCAUGAGCUACCCCACUGAGGACACCAGAAUUAUUUCAGCUCAUGACUGCUGUUUUCCUCCUCUAAGGCCUUUAAAUGCAGUUUUUGCUCAACGUGUACAGUUAAUCAUUAAAAUGUGAACUUAA